GUCUGUAUGUGAUAUUAGCUGAACUUUGUCUGUAAAGUCAGUGCAGUGAAAACAGAGGUGCUCACAGAUGCAUCUGAUACUACAGUGUCUUCAUUACUAAUGUCUGAGGAGGUCAUCAAUUGUGAAAGACAGCAUAUCUGAUGCAUGUGCACAUCUCUCAGAAGAGGAGGAGGCCGUAAUCCAUUCCCAACAUUCAUUGAGUCCUCACCUCAAGCCUGCCCUCAACCAUCCACCACCCAGAGUCCCAAUGACCAGUACACCGAAGCGCUGGGUGAUUAAGCCCUUGUCCCCAAAGCUAGAGCAGUCCGAUUUUCGCUCUAUAUUGAGCCCUACUAAGUCCUACUUACUGUCACCAGACCCAUGGAGCGGCAGUCAGGACGAUGACUCUCUCAAGUUCGAAUUCGAAAGCAUAUCAAUAACAGGCAUGCAGCCCACUGUGAUGCAAUCAUGCAAAAGUAAUGAAAGCACACCAGAUGUGGUGGUUCGGGCUCGUCAGGUGGCUGUGUCUGAAGAUGGAAGUGACUUUGAAGACUGCCCAGGAACCCCAAGCAGCACAGGCUCACGUGCUGGGUUUUAUUCCUUCGUAGAUGACCCGGCCAGCCCAGAAGCAGAGAUGAAUGAGGCCUACAUGCUCUCGCCUGAGAGACAGGCUAAACUGAACACUUUAAAGGAGAAGAGCGCCUUUAAGCUUCAGAGAUAUGUGGAAGAAAGAAAACCUGGAAGACUGUUUGAAGAAACUAACGGUGAUGAACGUUACAGCGUUCAGGAUCCAUCCAAAGUGAAUGAAGAAGAGGAUAACCCGGACAACGCGGAUCGCACAGAGAUAAUCCGGAACCAGGCACCGAGAAAAAGCCUUGCUCUCAAAGAACAGUGGAGUGCCUUGGAAAAUCUGGACCUUAGUCGCACUCCCCAAAAACUUUUGGAAGGGUUGAGUCUGCGUUACACCCGAGUCAGUUCAAGGAUUGAAGAAGCUACGGCUGAGGCAGGCACUAUAGACGAUGAGCAAAUUGAUUUUAAUGCCGCACGUAAGCAGUUUCUAAUGUUGGAGCAGUCGAAGCCGAAUCCCUUCCUGCAGAGUCCUCAGCAUUAUUCCCCGAAACUGAGAGGAAGGACUCUCUCCCCAAUGGCCAGCAUCUUUCAAGCAAAACAAGUAAGCCUUAAGGAGAAUCAAAUCAAACUUGAUGAGGAACCAGAAGAUGGACUUCAGAGUUGUGCUAUAGACGAUGUGGAUUCUGGGCUCGGUGACCGAAGUGGAGGUUACACUAAUGAUGGGAUUGUCACAAAUGAUCCUUCUGUUUCAGAGAUAGUGGAGGGGGAGACACCUAUCGAAAGAGAAAUAAGAAUCAACCAAGAACGGGAAGAGAACCUACGGCGAUCGAGAGGAAUCCUGCACACACGCAAUUCAGAGAUGGUGGAGAUCAGGGCCAAGCCAAUUCUGACUAAUUUGUCUCCACAAAUUAAGCCUCUGAAAGCCAAAGAUACAAACAGAGUGAGCUUUCUCAUUCAGAGAGAGCUUGAACUGGAGAAACGGCAACAGAGGCUUUCAAAACUUUAUAACCAAGUGCAUCAAGAGCAAGAAGGGAAAUUGAAGGCAUUUGAUAAAGCAUAUCAAUCAGAUAAAGGUUCUGUCACAGUUUUGAGAAACAAUCUGGAUACGGAAAUGGACAUGGCAGAGGAACCUGUACAGAAAGAUAAACAGAAUCUCUGUGACUUGGAAGAAACUUAUUCACCUUGUUGCCCUCAUCGACAUCCAGAUGAAUCUGCACUUCAGAGAAACCACGCUGAGGGAAGAAGGUUUGGAAACCACAAUGCCAUAGAUUAUCCUAUGGGAAACAUCCAUUCUAAAGUAAGGUUUUAUAAAGAAAAUAUUUUUGAGACCCCAACCGACACUCAAAGAACAAAUAAAGAGUCGUUCUGGAUUGCUCAAAAUGGCACCAGCAUGUCAGAAAAAAGCAGAUAUCCUACAUCCCAAUUACCAGACAACAUCCGUCAAGAUAUCGAACAGGAUCUCAAGCGAGAACAGGAGCUUCAAGAGCUGAGAGAGUACAGGAGCCAAUCAUUUUCAUCAAACGGAGACCUGGACAACUACCCAAAUAAGGAUCUUAAGUACACAACAACCUCCAGUGAGGAAACAUCACAAUCUUCACAGAAAGACCUGAUAGAAGUGGAUUGCGUACCUUCAGAUAAAUUGAAGACAGAUAGUUAUCGUUAUUCCUGGAAUCAGGACACUUCCUCCAGAUUAUCCACGCCAGGUUUCAGAUUGCCCUCUGUGUCCAUCAUGACACCCCAGCCAUGGGGCAACUUAACCCCCACCUCCCCUGUUCCACGGGUAACCCCAAUCAAACCCCCAAACCUGCAUGCUGACGUGUCCUCGCCUCUCUCUCAGAAAGGUCUCACUGAGACACUGCUGAAAGAUUUUGAGGACAGACGGGUCAAGCUAAAGCUGGAGGAAAGUGCGUAUGCAGGGAUACAACCCAUUGAUGCCAUUAAUAAUGAGGUCGUAGGGUCCACCCGUGUAACAAGGCAUAAAAACCGCAGAGCUCUGCAGUGGGAGGCUGGCGUGUAUGCAAACGAGGAGGCCUAAAAUAACAGCAUCACACAUGAAGAAGAAUUUGUGGAGCUGGGUUAAAUUCACCAAUGCUCACAAAGUUUCAUUCACGGACAAUGUAACAGUUUGGGUGGUUGUUCAGGGACAAAUGGAGUGGAGGAAGUAGAUGCAGGUGUGGAGGACAUUUGAUAUAAAUUCACUUCUGUAGAGAAGAACUAUUUUGACAUUUUCUUUAUACUUUUACCACUAAAAACUAACAU